GUAGCUCUACGAGAUCUAUGUCAAUGCUCCAAAUGUGUCGACUCCUCAACAAGGCAGAAGCUGUUCUCCACUCCGGACAUUCCUAGCGACAUCAAAGCAAAGGAAAUAACCCAUGAUUCAGGCAACGUGAGCAUCAAAUGGCAGAACGAUGCGCCUGGUUACGCAGAAGAUCAUGUCACUACUCUACCAUUGGAGGGCCUCAGGCGAUUGUGCAGUCGAGGGAAGAUGACACCAGAGCCAGCACCUAUACCUCGGACUUACUGGAAUACCCAAGCCUACACGUCAGAAACUUCGGACUUUGACUAUGAAGAUUACAUGUCAUCCGAUAGCACACUCUAUUCUGCAGCCCGACAACUUCAUACUCAUGGUCUUCUCUUUAUGACGAAUGUGCCAGAAGACGAAGAAUCGGUGGUACGAGUCGCAGAACGGAUUGGACCUCUCAAGACUACCUUCUAUGGCAAGACCUGGGAUGUACGGUCUGUACCAGAGGCUAAGAAUGUCGCCUACACGGCCCAGAAUCUCGGUUUCCACAUGGAUCUCAUGUAUAUGAAGCAACCUCCUCACCUUCAGCUAUUGCACUGUAUACGUUCAUCAUCAGCGGGAGGCGCCUCGCUCUUCACAGACUCAUUCCUCGCGGCCAGAGAUCUCUCUGAAGCGGACUUCCAUGCAUAUGCCGGCUUGAGCUCUCAAACGGUAGAGUUCCACUACGACCAUCCAGACCACUACUAUCACCAAUCACGUCGAGUCAUUGAAGAAUAUCCAGCACUGGAAAAUCUCCAAACCCUCACUCCAAUGGAUUUCCUGGAAAGUGUUGCCUGGUCUCCUCCCUUCCAGGGCCCGUUCAAGCUCCAAUCCGAUCUUUCCCUUCACACUUUCAACCUACAAACUGGCCAACUCCCCGCGAAAAAAUUCAACGACCUCAUCCAUCGUCCCGAAGUCAUUUAUGAGAGAUUAAUGAAGCCUGGAGAAUGUGUGAUUUUCGAUAAUCGAAGGGUUUUGCAUGCGAGGAAGGCUUUUGAGGUUGGUGAUGCGGGGAAGGAGAGGUGGUUGAGGGGCGCGUAUGUUGAUAAGGAUCCUUUUGUGAGUAAGUUGAAGAUUUUAAGGGACAGGUUUGAG